GCAGAUGAAAAACUGAAACUCGAACUUGAGAUGAAUUAACUGAGGUAAUCGCAAAGACAGUUUGGCAAAGUAUUUCUUCAACAACUCAGGUUUCUUCCACAGUAAAAGUCACCUGGAGAUUUAGGCAGUCACUAUCCUAGAUCUUGUAGAAUCAGUGACAGUGCAGCUCCGCCUUCCAUGAUAGAAACCUUGGUUUCUCAAUGAUUUCCACCAGCUUCCCUAUUGGCCUCACUUGUAAUGACAAAGCUGACUGGGGCGUGUCUUCCAUGAUGUAGUGAUUAUGAUUGGCUGUUACUAAAGGGGACUUUUCCAUUAGUUCUUGGGGAGGUUCAACAGCAGUGACAAAAAACAUUCAUCAUGUCAUUUCUGCAAGGAACAUCUCGCAUUAACUUUGAAUAUGACCUUAAUCCAUAUGAGAGCUUUAUGAGAAACCACCUCAAGCAUUAUGGCUAUUAUACAGGUCGCAAUGAGAAUUACCGGACUCCCAACAAGGCUUUGAAAGCAUGGGACCGUGGCAACGGUUACGAGCUGAGUGAUGGGGCGUCCGAUACCGAAUACGAGAACCAAGCUCUGAAAGAUGACGACAAAAAUGACCCGGAUAACUCGGCGGACAGGCAGAAGCGCACUACUCAACUCAUUUUCAACUACAGUGCUGGCAAGAUGGUUCCAAAGCUUCGUGAACCUCGGAAUCUGUAUGCUCUCUCAAAGGAUCCAGGACCUCAACAGGCUCCUAGAUGGCCUGCUGAUGUAGAGGUUCUACGUGAAACUGUUCAACACAUCGAUGAUAUACCCGCAGAGAGUGAGCCGUUCUAUCAACCAAGUGGUUUUGAGAAGACACCGAUGCCGUUACCCGAAGGAGAAGGAAGAGUUGUCUAUCACCACCCUCUUACUCAUGAAGAAUAUUUCCUACGAUCUCGUGUCGGGGGUAACAGGAAUGGUCCUAUACCAAGAGCUGCUAAGCUGAAGUCGUCCGAAGACACUACUUUGAUCUUUGAAUCCCGGUUUGAAAGUGGCAACCUGAUGAAGGCUAUCCAAGUGUCUGAGUUUGAGUAUGAAUUAGAGUUGAGAUAUGAUCUAUACACUCAUAAACACACCCAGUGGUUCUACUUCAGAUUCGGCAAUACAAGACGUAAUGUUCGCUAUCGGUUCACCAUCACCAACUUUAUGAAGUCUGGUAGUUUAUACAACAGCGGCAUGAGACCGUUGAUGUAUUCAGAAUGCAAUGCUCAAACCAAGGAAAUAGGCUGGAGGAGAGUGGGUGAUGAUAUCAAAUAUUACAAAAAUGACGUCAGGCUGAAAAAUGUCAAGAGAAGGAGGAAAGAUGUGAAAGGAGAUAGGAACUUCUACUAUUCCCUGACAUGGACGUUCACUGUUCCACACGAUAAUGAUACAUGCUACUUUGCCCAUUGCUAUCCAUACACGUACUCAGAUUUACAGGAUUACCUUCAGAACCUUACCAAUGAUCGAGUCCGAAGCAAAUACUGUAAGCAGAGGAUCCUAUGUAGAUCAUUAGCAGGCAAUGUGGUCUAUGUUCUAACCAUCACAUCACCGUCUCUCAAUCCUGAUGAUGCCAAGGUGAAGAAAGCAGUAGUGGUGACAUCUCGUGUUCAUCCUGGUGAGACGAACGCUAGCUGGAUGAUGAAAGGAUUCUUAGACUACCUCACCAGUGAGAUGCCAGAUGCAAAGUUGCUGCGUGAUCUGUUUGUCUUCAAGAUCGUACCCAUGUUGAAUCCCGACGGUGUGAUCGUCGGGAACUACCGAUGCUCUCUCGCAGGGAGAGAUCUUAACAGGAACUACAAGACGAUACUCAAAGACUCAUUCCCAUCGGUUACACACACCAAGGCUAUGGUCAAAAAGUUAAUGGAAGAGAGAGAAGUAAUAGUUUACUGUGACCUCCACGGUCACAGUAGGAAACAGAACGUCUUCAUCUACGGCUGUGACAAUAAGAAGAAUCCAGAUCUUCGACUGAAAGAAAGAAUCUUUCCCAUCAUGCUUUACAACAAUGCUGGAGAAAAGUUCAACUACAACAACUGUAAGUUCAAGGUCCAGAAGAGCAAGGAAGGAACGGGACGCGUGGUGGUCUGGCAGAUGGGUAUUAUGAACAGUUACACCAUGGAGGCCUCAUUCUGUGGGUCUACGUCUGGCGAUAAGAGGCUAACUCAUUUCACAACGGAAGACUUUGAAGCUAUGGGAUACCAUUUCUGCGAUUCACUACUCGACUAUUGUGAUCCUGAUAAAUCUAAGUGCAAUACAAUCUUUUCCGACUUGGAGGAGAAGCUGAGGCAAGAGAUCUUGGCUCAUCUGGAGAGAACUGGAACACCCCUCCCUCAAAACGGUUUCAUCGAUCUCUCAGCUGAAUAUCCGUCAGGUUUAGAAUCAAGUACGACUGGUUCCGAUAGUUCAGCCGAUGAUGGCCUUCCUGUUCAUCUCAUUGCAUUAGCACCCAAGCUGAGCAAGAAGAAGAAAUUAAAAACAAGGAAGGAACGGGACAAGAAGAGACAGAAUGCAGAGAAAAACAAAGAGAAAGAGAAGGAGAAAUCGGGAAGUGCUUCUAGCAAUCAUCAAGGAGACACUAACAAGGAGAGUGAGGCUGAGAAGAAAUCAGCCGCAGCAAAAGACAAGAAAGAGAAGGUUUUUUCUAUUGAACAGAGCUAUAAACAGAACCAGGAAAAGCUUCGCUAUCGCCAUGGAGACAGAUCUUCCCUUCACUCAGCUGGUCGAGGAGGGCGUCAGACACUUUGCAGACAGGAGGCUGGAAACCUGUACUCGCAGGAUAAGAAUGAUGUCAAGAAUUUGAAGAAGACUGAGUACCUAGAAGCCUUAACCAAUGCCUACCUGAUGAGUGGAAUACUAAAGCCAGCUCCGGAAGAGACGGCCUCGCUGCGCUAUUCUACAGGAAGUCAUGGUCUAGGUGCCCAAGGAUUACAGUUGGGUCAGGUUGAAGGGCUCUGUCCUCAUCAUGAGAAAGCUUUCGCCGAACAGUUUGUGGCCAACCAACUAGCUGGUCUUUCCUUUGCAGAUGAUAAAUACAACUGGAGCCACACUGCAGUGGAGACCCGACGCCCCGUCGAGGCGGCUGCCUCCUACCACUCUGCCCCGCCCCGGGAGCGCCACGCCCAAGCCACGCCCUCAGACCCGAUCCAACUCAUCUCCACCACCGCUACGCACGGGCAUCCCGUCCGUGCUGGCAGCGCUCGUAGGACACCGACCAGGCUCGGUGGGAGCAGGAGGGUGUCGUCGCCCUCUAAGACGAUCGUAUCCCCGGCCGACGGGGUGGUAGAGGCCACUGGAGACUAUAAGAAACUAGGCUCGGAGUUUGUAAAGAGAGGAGUAUCGUCCAAAGCAUUAUCUCUGCGCUCCAACGGUUGCGCAACAUCGACUACCUACUCAGUUCAGGAGACGAAUAAGUCCAUGGAGGCUCCAAAACAGCCCCCACCUACGUUAGUUCGUCACGGUGGCAACGUCCCUUCUGUAGCACCCGACAGACCGCCCUCUAGAGGCAGUCAGAGGCCAAGCAAUGCCAUGACGCCAUCAGGCUACCAAGAACUUCUCACACGUAAAGGAACUAGGUCGGAGGUCAGAGCUACCCAGGGGAUUCCGCUCCAACUGUCUGUCGUCAUGGGAACCACGCACUCCACCCCUAGUCCGAACAGUGACGGGGCUGACCCCACGGGGGCCCAUCAAGGCCAAGCGCAAAUCAUCGCCAACCCCGGUUCAUCUAUCACCCCAGUCAAGAAAGCUGAACCCUUCUUCAUGGCUAGUGAAGUACUAACACAGCCUCAACGGAAAGGACAUAUCAAGGAUUCCUUAGAAAACGCCCCUAGUGAGAGUGCAUUCAUGUCUCCUAGCUCCCAGAACUGGCCCAAGACUUCCCCUCAGGCCAAGAACCAUAACUGCACCACAGAAGCCACGCCCAUCUCAGACCCCGCCCUCUACGCCAAUCAGAACAUCACUCCUAGCUCUCACCACUUCAAGAAAGCCCAGGACUUCUACGGUGGACGAAGCUCGCCUUCUCCUUCACAGCCAGAGCGCCAUCCGAGUCCCAUCAGCAUGGGUUCGGCCGCGAGACUCCAGGCAAAAUACGGACGGAAGAGCGCCUCUGCAGUCCAUUCUGGGGAAACCCAGAGGUGCUACCGAGGAUCCUUGAAACCGGCAAGCCGUAGUGUGGAUCCUAACAACAACAAUAGCAACACAGGGAUGAGCACUAGCACCGAUGAUGCAGGUAGCAACGGAAUCCAGUCGACCUCUGAAGACAUCGGUGAUGAUGGUAAAGCGCUCCUACCUGAUCAAACCAGCUCUGAUUCUAGAUCAGAAAGGAUUGAUGGGGAUUAUUACUACUCUGAAGGAAUUCCUUCAAAUGCCAUUGAAGCAGAUGGGGCGCAACGCAACAAAGGCCUCACCAUGAACUCAACAGUUGAAACAAAACUUGAUAUUGCCUCUAGGGAUAUCAAUACUAACGGACAGAAAGUGACGGCAGGACAGGAGAAGGACUACGCCAAGGGGACCAUGAGCACACAUGCUCGUCGAUUAGACAAGAAGGCCGAGCUCAAACACUUGGAAAAAUCUUCAGAGGGGGAUACUGCUUUCACCAGAUCUCCUGAUGAUGUUCCGUCUGAGGGUGACCUACGAGUUGCUAGUAAUGCAUCAACACAUCUCAACAAACAGUCUUAUAAGGUUACUCUGUCACAAAGUGCCACUGCCAUUGGUCACAAUCACCCAUCACAGGGAUCUUCACAAAUCACCCCUCGUUCUAGAAUGGACUCUACCAGUCCCUUGCAGAGAUCACCAAGACUGCUGGACCGAUCCACUAUCCAGAGGGGUGUGGAUGGUUCACUGCAUGUAAGGAAACCUACUCCAAGAGAAAGGGUCAAGAGUGGUUUAGCCACGGCACAAGAUUUACAAGACCUUGGCAACGGUGAUGUCUCUGAGCUUGAUGUCCUGAUAUCCAUGGAUGACAAUCCUUACAGGGUUACCCUUGAACAAACUCCAGAUACCCUCAUCAAAGAAACCAGCCCACAACCCUCUGCUAGAGUCACCAAACCAGUGACCUCUGGGAUUUACUCCCCUCACUCUCCUCGCGGUCGGGUUACAGAUCCUAAACGUCCGCUCUCCUCCAAGUGUCGGGACGGUAGCAGCCCUCGUCAGCCUGACGCCCAUCCUGACAGCCGAGGUGAUCCUCAUGCCCUUCAGUACUUCUCGGUGUCCAAGCUGUCUCUUCAGAACCGUGCCUUCGAGAAGAGUCCUCAGCCGACACCAAGAUCACCGAGUAGCAACCUCCAUGAUGGUGCAGUUGUGUCAGAUCAUCCACAUGGGACCAGACCAGGUGCUCAUAGACCUAAGACACAGAACAGUAACAAGACCACAGCAACGGGUGGACGAGGAGGAAAGGGAAAGAGAUCCCCCCGUCCACAGCCUCAGAAGGGACAGGAUUCACCCCAUGUAGUUGUCACUCAAGGAGGCUUCAUGGGACACCGGACGCAGCCAGGACAUCUCAAAGUACACUAUUCCAAGAAGAAGUGAGAUCCAGUGGGAUUGGACACAUCCAGGGCAUCUCAAAGGAGAGUAUUCCAGGAAGAAAUGAGAUUCAGUAGCAUUGGAGAAUUCAAGAAGAUUUCGUAGGACAUCGGACUCAGUCAGGGCAUCUCAAAGGACAGUAUGCCAGGAAUGAACGAGAUUCGGUAGCAGUGUGGCAUUCUAGGAGGUGUCAUGGGACAUCUGGCACAGCCAGGCUUGUCAAAGGACAGUAUUCCAGGAAGAAGUGAGACAGACAAAGAGGAACAGCAACAUAAAGAGAAGCAAGGGGGUGGCAGUGAUCUACUAGGCUUCAUAGGACACCUAGUGAAGUGCCUAGCAAGUACAUAUGAUUAUUCGAACAGCCUAUGAUGUCGUAGUUUAGGUCCCCAUUUCACAGAAGGGAGACCUUUGAAGGACCUUUGAGAGACAAAACAUUGGCAAAAUCUUACAGCAGUCUCCAAGAUCACUGAAAUUUGUCAUCUUUGUGGAAUGGCUCCGAAAGACCCCUUAAAGAACUCUGAAAGACUGAUUAAUACUUCUUGUCUUACUGGGCUUAGACUAGUCCUAUAGAGAUCUUUCAGUCGUCUUUCAGAGAUCUUUUAUGCAACAAGUGAUCUUUCAGAAUUCUGUCCAUGGACUUUUCCUGGUCUUUCAAUGAUCUUUUAAUGAACUCUCAUGAGUCUUUCAGCGAUCUCCGCAAAAAUCUUGAGAGACUGUCAAAAGAUCAUGGAAAGGCUAAUAAGAACUUUGAGAGUUCAUCAAGAGACUGCUGAAAGUCCAUCAAAAGACCAUUUUCCUGAAAGACUGUUUUGAAUCGUUUAAAAAAAGUUUUGGAGAUCAUGGAGACCACGAAGACCAGUGAAAGAUAAAUCAGGAAUCAUGAAAGACCUCAGAGAUCUUUGAAAGUUCAUUAGCAGACCUUUGAAAGAUCAAACAAGUUUCAUGUUCUUACAGUGGUCUUUCAGAUACCUUGCUCUCUGUGGAAUGGAGGUUUUAGAGAAUAGCAAAGGAAAAUUGAAAAUUUUAAUAAGGAGAAAUCUUUAAAAGCUACAUGUAUUAUCAGAAUCCUCUUUUUCCCAGUGUGCCAUAGAAUGAAAAGCGGCUGAGCUUUAAAUUUGGCUGUGUGAUUUUUUGUAAGCAUCAAAAUCAGAAACAAGAAUGAAUUUGAACCUUCUCAUCUCAUUGUUCUUGUUUUGGUUGGAAAUGUUUGAUUUUCAUGAAAGUGGUUGCUGUGAAAAGUGAUCAAAGUAGUUUUCAACUUUCCAGAAAUUGACGGAUAAAUCACUAUGCUCUAUCCCUGGCAGUAGAGUCCCUUCCCCCCCCCCCCACGCACAUUCCAUUGCUUACCAUAUUCUGUGAAUGCAUCUAUGCAAGCAUGAUUCCAGGAAGUGUCAGGCUUGCGUUAAAGAGGAAGUUCACCCUGAAGAGAAGUUUGUUGGAAAAAUUGCAGAAAAAUAAUUAUAAAUAUUGGUGGUUUGAGGAAAAUCCAUUAAAGGUUAAGAAAGUUAAUCGAAUUUUAAGUUUUGGAUUUGUGGCGUUAUAAACGAGCAGCUGCCCCAUAUGUUAUGCAACAUGAAAUGCAUAAAUUUCAAUUUUCUAAUGAUUUGUAAUGACUUAUUUUUGUUUUCUUUUAAGAACGGGUGUGAAUUGAUUUGUCUAUUGAUGUAAUGAAGGUACAGUAAAACCCACUUUCAAUUAACAAACAGAAUCGUACUAUAUCAAGACGAUGAUGCAUGCAUGGGUGUACAUCAUAUUUAGUAAAUACUUUGAAUGCACAAAUGGUUUUAUAUGUUGGGGUUCGACGGCUUUCCAUAGUUAUGAUUAAUUGGAUCACUUGUAACCCUUAGUAAGCUAGGGACCUGAUAGUACACAAAUAGCAAAUUUGUGUACUAUCAGUGCACAUGAGUGCGAUGGUGCAAGAUUUCGCAUGAGGUGAAAGAAAGAUGCUCUAUUCAACGAAGUGUUAGCGUAGUUGAAUAGAGUGUCUUUCACCGAAUGCGAAAUCUCACACCAUUGCACGAAUAUGAUUUUUUUUUUUUACGAAUAUGAAUAUUCGCUAAUUGUGUUGUACAACGCCUCGGAAUCUAGCGAAAAUAUGAAAGAAAAAAAAUCCCUGCAGUAAUCUAUGAAAAGGGAGCAAAAAUAUUGAAAGCAAAAAGCAAAAUUCCACAAGUGCACAUGACCCUGGGCAGCUUUGCGCAUUUAGCCAGCAGGCUCUACGCGUAUUGCACCUUCAUUUUUACUGAGCGCAAUGAAUAGAAUUGUAUUGUGACGUCACCUCCUAAAGCCGUGCAACGGUACAUUUUGGAUGGUACGUCGUGUGUGCAACGGUACGAAUGUUUGAUAUUCAGCCUCCCAUUUGCUCACGUACAACAAGCUCAUUAGGCGUUGUACAAUAUUGCCUCUCCCAAGACAUUGCUUUCUCUAAGGACGGUUUCACUGACAUACAUGUAGUUUAUUUAUAGUAAUUGUGAUAUGGGUUUUAGAAUUAUAGGCAUUUAAAUAUCGCCAUCUAUCUAGAAAUAACCUAUUCCGAGGCACACUAUUAGAAGUACCACGGCUUAGGCUUAGGCUUCCGCUCCCAGCACUGCAUUCAAGGAACUAAUCCAACGAGGGGGCGGUUUCAUAAAGCUGUUUGUAAAUUAAGAGCCACUUUAAGAACGACUGGUGAUCCUUUGUUGUAAAUGAUAUUCACUGUUUAAAAUGUUCAUUUGUGAUUAUUUUGUGCAUAAGAAAGGCUUACCAGUCAUUCUUAUCUUUCGCUUUAUGAAACACCCACCAGGUACCCGUUUACCUCACCAGGUGGGUGUUUCAUAAAGCUGUUUGUAAGUUAAGAGCAACUUUAAGAACGACUGGUGAUCCUUUCUUGUGCAAAAUAGUGUAUUCAUUGGGGAUGGUUAAGCGCGCAAGAAAGGUUCACCAGUCGCUCUUAUCUUACGAACGGCUUUAUGAAACGCGACCCAGGGUUUAGUGCAGCACAAUUUUGAUCAAUUUCUUGCUGAAGUAAAUUACAUUAUAGCUGAGAUUACCUUGGGUGAAUCACAUCGCAGUUUGGUUAUAUUCCUUGAAGAAAAUCAAUGGCAUGGUUUGGGAUUUUUACUUUGGAUUCCCUGAUUGGUGGCCCAGGAUUUUCGUUUUUUUUUCUUUAGAUUUCUAGAGCUAUUGUGGGCAUUUGGAGAGAAAAUUAACCCCAAACACAAUUGUUAUUCUAUCCUGUUGGUGUUUAAGAAACAAUGCAACAUUGCAUUUUCUAGCAUCUGUUUUAUUUUAUCCAGUAAAGUUUAGCUUGUAUUGUGAAGUGAAUAUGCAUGCAGUACUUAUUAAGACAUAAAGCUGAAAUUCCCAUUUGGACUAUGCAAUCCUCCAGACAGAGUAUUUACAUGUAGAUAGGCGAAGAACAGUAUAUUUGUAAAUAGGUUGAUGUAAAAAGAAAAGAUUGUUCUUAUUGUAUAGACUAUGUAUUUGUACUUGUACAUAAUGAAAUUGAAAUGUAUUCCAAGAAAGCUUGUGUGUGCAUUAAAAGAUGAUUCCAUCCUUUCAAAA